AUGUCUACAGCGGAGGUUGCCAGGACGUCCUCCGACAACAACGUUGGCAACGAUGCGACCCCUCGUGCGGAGCUCGAUAUCACAAAACUACAUGCGCUGCCCUCCGAACAGCAAGACCUCUAUCUUCUAACCUUCACUUCUGAUUUGGUACAGCACAUCUCCACGCUCGAUAAAUCUCAGGUAUCGGCCGAGCAGAAAUUCUUAAAAAGGGAACUCUUCAAGGUUCUCACGCUCUCCUCGCCGGCGAUUACACGAGUUAUCCGCAACAAUCUUGGGCGAUGCUUUGGCGCUAUAUUCAGCAAGGGUGAUCGUGGGAUAUUGUUUGAGACAGUUACCGAUCUACUGGGUGUGCUGAAUGCAGGGAAAAAUGAAGCAGAUUUACGGACCAAGUUCGCAGCGGCUCACUGUUUGGGGGACAUCUUUACUACGGCGGGGGAGAGCGUCUUUGCUCAAUCUGGAGCUGUUGUGACAAGUCUGCUGAAGCUUCUAAAGCCGUCGAGUAACCAUACCGGCUGUCGAGGUUCGGUAUUUGCUGUGUUGCGCAAGGUGGUUGGUGGUACUGGUGUGCCAGUAGAUGAGGGGACAGCCCGAGAUAUCUGGAAGCAGGCGCGCAAUGCCGCCACCGGUGAUAAGUCGACAUUUGUGCAGGUUCAUGCAUGCCGGUGUCUCGAACAAUUGCUCCAUACAACUCCCUACUUCGAUAAUGCGAACGAUUUCGAGUCCCUAAAGACCGUUGUAUGGAAGGUCAUUGAUAGCCCGUUGGCGCCUGUUCGACACGCCGCUGCGGCCUGCUUCGCUCGGGCACUGACGAAGCUACAUGCUAAGGAUUCUCGAAUUAUGUCCACUCCGAAGCCCAAGAAGGCGAAAAGGCAGUCGAAGAAGCCUGCCCCAAGGCCCGGAGAGGAUGAGGAUGAGGCUGAAGUCUCAGAAUCCUCCGCUCCCAAAAAGUCGGAGUCUCGGUUAUACUUUUUACUUCCUGAUCUCUUGAAGCAACUAUCGCAACAAUACCUUCGAAGCACAACUUCUAACCGAGCUCGAGCGGGGAUCGCGGUUUGUUACAAGUACGUUCUACGGAUUUUGGGCGAGAAGCUUGUGGAAGAGCGGUAUGACCAGAUCGCAAAUCACCUACUGUUCGAUCUUCUGAACCACCCAACAAUAACAAACAACCGGUUCCGACUGCUUAUGACGAGGAAAGUUGUUGGAAGUAUUCUCGAGGAAACCGUCGGUCGCGACUCGCUCCGUGAGAACAGUCGCCUUACGGCAGCCAAGUGGCUUAUAAACGAUGUGCUCAAGGACUAUCCCCAAGUUGUUCAGGAACGCCGUGAGCCUAGCAAGUACACUCUGAUCAAUGCCCUCAAUGCCUUGUCCUCUCUAGUUUCUUCACUCGGCUCCGCCUUUGGUUCACUUGCCGAAAGUUGCCGUGAUGCUCUGCUUCAAGUUCUUUCUCACCCUAGCUAUACUGUGCAGAUUCACGCUGCACACUGUCUCCGUAUCUUUGUCCUUGCCUGUCCAGUCCAGCUAUUGUCAUGCGUCACUAUCUGUCUGAAUAGUCUCAACCGCGAGGUUGGGCAGCUAUCUACCCCACGACAGUCUCCGCGGCGUUGUGUCGGCUAUGCUAAUGGCUUGUCGGCGAUGUUAAGUACAUCUCGGUUGCAGCCACUUUAUGGUUCUGUUGAGAUCUACUCUCGUGUGUUCACUCAAGCUACCGACCUUCUGAAAACAAGCAGCAGCGCCGAACUGCGUGCUGCCAGCACGCAAAUUCAGGUGGCAUGGAUCCUGAUCGGAGGGCUGAUGCCAUUGGGCCCUAGCUUUGUCAAGAUCCAUCUCUCUCAGCUCAUGUUAUUGUGGAAAAAUGCUCUACCAAAGCAUUUGAGUCAGGAGAACUCUGCUAAAAAAGGGUAUCUAGAAAUGAGUUUCCUGGCCCAUGUUAGAGAAUGUGCUCUUGGGGCGUUACUUGCGUUCAUGGAAUUCAAUGGCAAGAUGAUAACUGCUGAUGGCGCAAGAAGGAUUGCAACUAUGCUACAAAACACUGUUGAAUUCAUCGACGAGAUUCCGCCACAGAAGUCGGUGGUGGACAUAUCGCAGCGUCUUCACCCAUCACUGCAAUUACAUGAUAUUGAAACUAUGGUCAGACGACGUGUCCUACAGUGCUUUGCGAAACUCCUUCAUGCCCAUCCACUCAGCCACGCAGAUGUGAUCUCCCAGUCGAGUCUACUCAGCUUGGCGAUUUCCUCUUUUGCUGACCCUGACGCCACCCAAUCGAGUCCUCUCGAGAGUUCGAUCGCAGCGUCAACGGCACAGUUUGAAAACCUUUGGGAGUUGAGUGAUAACUAUGGGUUCGGGGUAACCGGCCUGGCAAGAGACUAUGUGCGUGUAACUCUCUCUGGAAAGCAUGAGGGUGAAAGCGGCCCAGCUUGGUCGGCGGUCGAAUCAACAGACCAGGUCGUGGAUGAUGCUUUGAUAUUCCCUAUCUGCGAAGCCAGCGAGCAUGAUCCAAUCCUGCUUUACUCUGCAAGACAAGGAGACCGUCUUUCUGCCGACCCACACCCGACAGGAGUAGUGAAUGCUGCUAUUGAACUGUUUUCAGUAGCGCUCGCGCUGCACGCACCCAAGGUCCAAGAAAGUAGCGUCGAGCAGAUUGCGACAUUUCUUUCUUCAACCGGCCUGCAGCGGAACCCUGGGCGCAAAGCGGCUAUGGUCGUCAACAUAUCUGUGGCAUUACUUCAUGCCCUAAAGGUCGCUAUGAAGGAGACCAGUUCAGCCGCAAGGAAGCUUAGCCCUACCACUGAGAAGGUUAUGCAGGAGCUUAUUCAGAAAUUCGUCCUUGAUCCCGACCCAAUUGUGCGGACGGUUGGCGUAGAAGCACUUGGACGGCUAUGCGAGAGCUCAGGAAAUACCUUCACCAAUACCCAGAUCAACUGGGUGGUGGACACUAUCGUUGCGAAUAGAGAACCAAAUGCGCGUGCUGGCUGUGCGGCUGCCUUGGGCUGUAUCCAUUCUCAGAUUGGUGGCAUGGCAGCCGGUCUGCAUCUGAAGACCAUUGUUGGGGUUUUGAUGUCACUCGGUAAUGACCCUCACCCGGUUGUCCAUUUCUGGGCUCUUGGUGGUCUUGAAAAAGUAGCCAACUCUGCGGGCUUAACUUUUUCUCCUUUUGUCUCGAGCACCCUCGGAAUGCUGGCUCAGCUGUACAAUGCUGAUUCUCAUAACGAGGAGGCUGAGUCCCUCGCGACAUCCAACAUCGAAAUGUCGUUCCUUACACCCGUGGUGAUCAGUCGUUGCAUUGACUCUUUAAUCAAUGUUUUGGGUCCUGACCUGCAGGACAUUGCCAAAACACGAAAUCUGAUUCUCACACUUCUACGGCAGUUCCAGCUAGAGGAAAACCCCGCGCUUGUGACUGAAAGUUCCAGGUGCCUUGAUCACCUGUCCUUAUAUGCCCCAGAAUACGUUGAUUUUUCCGGAUACGUGAAGCGCUUGCAGAACGAGCUUUCUGCUCAAGAUCCUUUAAUGAGAGAUGUGGCUAUACAAGGCCUAACAAAUCUCAUGAAGCGAGACGCACCUGCCGUCAUCAAAGCAGCGACGCCUGCUUUGGAGGAGGAGAUUUGGCUCGCAUUUGACGACAACCCCGAUAAUCCUAUUUUGAAGGGUAUGAUCCGCGAUUGGCUGCAGCAGACCGCUCUUACUGAGACUGGACUUUGGAUACAACGCUGCCAUGACACCCUUACAAAGACGCGCCUGAAAGUCGAGGAUUUACCGCCUAUAUCCGCUUUAAAGCCGACAGCCACUGAUCUACCAGAUGAUGAAGUCGCAGGAUUUGCGUCUGCGAUCGCAGGUGCUGGUCAAGAAGAUGGCGCGGGCGAUGCUGUUGCCGGUCAAGAGCUUCUGAAGUGGCAGACGCGCAACUUUGUCAUGAGUUGUCUUAGUGAAUUGCUGGAGUUGGUCCAGGAAGCGAUCCUACCAGACCAGACGAUUCCCGCAGAAUUGGCUCUUCAGCAGAAGGUUGGAGACAUCGUUAGGAUGGCGUUUUCUGCCUCAACCGCGAACGUGAUUGAGCUGCGUGUGUGGGGUUUGAAGAUACUUGACCAAGUGUUGAAGAUGUUUGGCAAGACACCCGACCCUGACUUUGCAGAAGCAUCACUACUUGAACAGUACCAGGCCCAGAUUGGGUCUGCUCUCACUCCAGCAUUUGCUGCGGACUCCUCGCCGGAGCUUGCGUCGGAGGCAAUCAACGUAUCUGCGACAUUUAUCGCAACUGGUAUCGUAACGAACGUGGAGCGUAUGGGAAGGAUCUUAAAACUCUUAGUCCUAGGACUCGAAAACUUCUCAGCAAACCCCGACACUACCGAGAUAGGGGAUCUCAAAGGUCUCAACUCCAAUGCAAAGGUGAUGGUCAAGAUGGCGUUGUAUGCGGCAUGGGCACGCCUUCAAAUUGCGAGCAUUGAGCACGAGUAUCUCAAUGAGGUCGUUCAGCCUUACUUGUUAAAGCUUACCCCCCUAUGGCUGUCCUCUCUUCAGGAGUAUGCUCGGCUUCGUUUUGAACCGGACAUUUCGGGCAGUCUCGGCACGGGUCCGGAAAGCGGCGAUUUGGACGAGGUUUAUGCCGCCCUGAAUCGGGAGACGCUUCUGAAGUUCUACCAAGAAACUUGGUUGAGCCUGGUUGAUGCUAUUGCCGGGCUUGUGGAGAGGGACAUAGACUUUGUCUUUGACGCGCUGGACGGAAAGGCGCAGAUUAAAGAGCCCGAGAAGUCCGAAGAGGAUCAGCUAAGUAACGGAGAACCAAAGGGAAAGGGAGAUGAUAUCAACUAUCGCGACGAGCCUGUUGCGUUCUUCUUUGUGCUUUUUGGCUUAGCGUUCGAGGCUCUCGUUGACCAGUCUACUUCAGCCUCUCAGAGAAUGGAGAUCCUCCAGGCUCUCAAGAGGAUUCUGAGACCCAUAAUCUCUGGUAACGCUAUAUACCAAGAUGCCAUAUUCUCCGAAACGAUGGACAGUCUAGAUCGGCUCGCAUUGACAGAAGGUACAGCCGUUCAGAAUGUCAUCGUCGAGAUAGCCCGAAACCUCGCGCUAGAUCACCCAUCCGCGAAAGGUGGUGAAGAUCGCAGUGACCAUCUUUCAGACGAUAUUGAACAGCUCUUCGAGCUAACGAGGAGCAUCAUUCUCGUCCUUGCCGGCCUCCUACCCAACCUCCGCGAGUCAACUACCAUCGCACGAUUCAAUGUGGGCUCUGACGAUGCACUGUCUCUCAUCCGUCUUUCUCUUUCGUCUCUAGUCAACGUCGCCUCAAUAUUCCCAUCAAUCAUUCGAAACGACCUUAAUGCAUGCAUUCUCCACAUCUUCAGCACAAUCCUCGCCACAGGUCUGUGCCAACAAGAAGUCGUACCUCAAGCUCUGCCCAUAUUCAAGCACUUUAUCCAGAGCAUCAGUGGCCAGGAAAAUGCCAGCCUAGAAAACCAGGAGAACCAGAAUGUUAUCUCCCAUCAGCUCCGCGGCUGCCUCGUCCGUUUUCUAACAACCCUCACGAUCGCCCAACGUCGCGAAUCCGAAUCCUCCCUUCCCUGUGCCAAGAACACCCUACUCACCAUCACCAUCCUCCUAACAACAGGCGGACAUCUCAUCCCGCCACACGAUCCUAUCCUCCCUCAAAUUCUCAACGAACUCCUCGACUGCCUUCAAGAUGUUGGUCUCGCUAGCGUCGCGGCUGGCUGUAUCCGAUCUAUCCUCCUUUCAAACUCAACGAAAUCCAACACAGACGAAGUCAUAGCUCGCUACUUGAUUCCCCGCCUUAUUGCCUUCCUCAUCGGCACACCUACUGAUCCAGGCGGAGAAGCCUCCAACGACCCGGAGAACUCGCGAACCAGCAUCGCGCGCACGCUAGUUUCAUGCGUAACCGUCCCAAACGCAGCUGCCUUCCCGGGAGGAGAAACACAUACGGCUAUGUCCUUGGUGAUGUCAUGUCUCCUUGCGCGGGCCAAACGCGAGGGUGCACCCGUUUAUACUGAAACAGCCGCCAACCUCCUUGAACUGGCGAAGGCAGAUCAGCUGGCAUUCAGAACAUUGGUCGGGACUAUGAGCCCUGCGCUGAAGGGGUUGCUCGAGGAGAUUCUACGUAACGCAAACGUUGGGGCUGGUGGCGGUGCGGUGGGCAGAGGGGAGCAGGAGACGCAGAAUGGGGGUGGGCAGCAGAGUAUGCCGAGUAUUGCGUUGAGAUUUGAUUUCUGA